CUCAUUGUAUUAUCAUUGUCGGCAGUUACAUGAUCCCCAUCGUUGUUUGUUCUCCGACUUUGACGUGGCUGUUACAGGGCAGGUCCAAAUUUAACUUGACAAUGUCCGAGCGCAUGCUGGAUCGGCUGCAUGUUGCGACGACGGACGGUGGACACGACCGCUCCACGUCGUCCUUCUCGGUUGCGUCCCCCACGUCGAGCAAUACCCACCCCCUGGAGCGCACAUCGUCGUCCCAUCUGUCGUCUGGCCCGCCAUCGCCGACGCGUUUUGCUCCCGUGAACUGCGAAGUGCACAUGCUCGUCCCCACGAGUCCCGUCGAGGAACCAUUCGCCGAACACAUUCGCGUCCUGUUGAAGGAGACCGAUGCGGACCCGUCGGCGUUUCAACACUUGCGCGACAUCUACCUCCAGACGCUCCAACCGAGCACGGACACCGCGUCGCCGCUCCUCAAGCAGCUCCAUUGCAUGCCGGCGACGUCGUCUGCGAUCGCCAAUGCCGUCCAAGCGUCCGAAGAAAGCAGUGUGAUCCUUGGCGGAGGGACAACGGUGUCGCUGUUGAAAAGCCCCAUGGCGCAAAAGAUGAAGUCCAACUACCAUCAGUGGAAGUCGACGUUUCUCAAAACCAAAGACAGCGACGAGGACGGGAAUGCCGACGAUGACGACGCGCCGCCGACGCCGCUCCCCAUCACGGACCUCGUCGUCGUCUUCAGCGGCGACGUCACCCCCGAGGACUUUGAAAAGAUUGAAAAGUCUCCCAGUGGCAUCAAAGCCGACCUGAACCGCGGGCGGCGAGGCCAGUUCGUGUACCUGUGCCAAAAGCGAGAGAUUCCGUCUUCGUAUGGCUACAAGCGCCCCCCCAUCAGCGACAUCAUCUUGAUCUACCCCGAGCGGGGGGAGUGUCCGCCACCGAAUUACGAGUUUGUCCAACGCCGCGGCGUCGCGGCCAACUUGAACUCGGUACACGGGGCCGCUUUAGACGGUUGACUUCCAUAGGAAACCAAACGACAUGUAGGGCGUGAGUGGCGAGAAGCUGUACAUGUGCUACAAGCGGUCGGCGUCGUCGUCGAUCACGGACAUCGCGGUGGUGUUUCCCAAGAAAGGUGACAAGGUCCCGUACGGGUACAUGAAGAUCGACAAGACGCCAAACGGUCACUCCGUCGACGUCCACACCAACAUGGAAGUGUCCAUUUGCUACCGCAAACACAUUGGGUUGGUCGAGUACUUGAAGCCAUUGUGGUGGCAUGCCACGCUGGCCAAGCCGCAGACGUCGCAAAAGGGCAGCACCCGCCACAACGCCGCCACCUUUGUCGACGACGAACGCCAAUCGGUCGAGACUUCUCUGGACGACGACCCCACAAGUCCUCGUCAUCCGACGCUGCUGUCCAAGCAAGACUCUUGCAGCGACGACGACUUGUCCCUUUUGAUCAAGUUUGUGUACCCGCUUUUGGUGUCGUGCCACAUGCGACAGGGCACGAUCGCCGUGCAGGCCAUCGCUAGGCUCGAGACAAUCCUCGACUCGAACGUGAUGAAGAGCCACGUGAUGAGAAACGACGCGUACCUGCUCACGGCGCUCGUGGAGACCAUCAACACGUCGUGCCAGCAAGGCAUGCGCGACCGCGUGCCGAUUGUCAUGUCGCUCUUGGCCAAGGUGAUCAAGCAGUACGCGCACGAGUUUUCGUCGGUGAUUCUGCACGAAGUGACAAAAGCGCUGUUGUUUGCGAAUGAUUUUGAUGACGGCGUGGCGCGGGCGGCGCUGGAAGACCUGAUCCACUCGGUCAUGCGUCGUGUGGACGUGGACAAGGAUGUGGCCCAAGCCAACUUGGCCAAGCUGUUUGCGUCGAAUCCCUCCUUCGGACAAGACAACUAUGGCCCCCUCGCGAACAUCGUGUACGGCGUGGCCAGCGAAGCCGUGACAGCCGUGGAAAUCGCGCGCAUGAACGAAAAUGCACUCAACAUCAUCAAGGGCCAUUCGUCCAUCUAUUCUGCAGGGUUUUGCCACGAGAUCCAGCAAUGUAUUAAAGGAUUGCUGCAAACCACGGCUGAGUGCAAUGCGUACCAGCUGAUUGCGACCUUGAGCAAGUACGCGACCAAGCGCAACUGUUCGACUGUGGAUCAAGCGUACGAGAAGGACUGCGCGUCCAUCAAGAACACGUUGCACAUGCUGGACGUGGCGCUGCUGAGCGGCCCGCCGACGUUCAAGGACCACCCGAUCUUUGGGCAGCAGAUCCGGCGGUUCGUGUGCAGCGUCGUGAAUUCGGCGUGCGUGAUGUGGUCCGAGGCUGUCCUUUGCGGCGCGCUGAGUCUGGUGACGACGCUGUGGAACCAAUACCGGCGCCACUUGAAGGUGGAGCUGGCGCUGCUGUUUGAAAACGUGUUUCUGCGCAUCUUGCGGAGCCCGGGGCCGACGGCCAUGACGUUUCAGUCGCUGGUGCUCCAUGAGCUCAGGCCGUGGUUCCAGCUCCCGCACAACGUGGUCGAGAUCUUCCUCAACUUUGACAUGGACCGCCAGUUUGUCCAGCAGUGGAAAGUGUUUGAGCAGUUCUGCGCCGCGUUGUGCAGCAUCGCCGAGACGAGCUGCGUGAAUGGCGGCGGUGCGUCGAGUGCCGCCGACGACGACGAAGCCUCGUGUUCGUCUGCCGUGGACAUUGGGGAGCAAUCCCUGACGACUAUCUUGGCCAUUUUGAGGAGUCUCAUGGACGCCAGUGGGCAUGCGCAUUUGAUUCUUCGCAACGACCGGACGCGGAUUCUGUCGAUGGAAAAGGGAGGGUGGGAACUCGACGCGUUUAGCAGCAGCCCCACGAGUCCCGUGGGCAGCAGCACCAGCACCACCACCACCAGCGGCGGCUUGCAGUACGACCAGGCGGCCACGUCAUCGAGUGAAGGUCUCCUUUCCCACCCCGACGAUCACGACGUGACGAGUGUAAAUUCAAAGCUCGGGUCGAUCUACGGCACCGUUCGCGAGCGCAACGAGGUGCAAAAGAAGAGCCAGCAGCUGCUCAAACGCGGGAUGGAGAUCGCCGAGACCAAGAGCUUCAAGAAAGCGCUCGAGUACCUCGUGGCCAUGGGGCUGAUCAAGGAGUCUCCGCGGGACAUUACGUCGUUCCUGCGCAUCUACCACACGUUCUUUGACGAAGGCGACAUUGGCGACUACUUGGGCGAAGGCGACGAAGAGUUCAAACUGCACAUUCGACUCACGUAUGCGCGCGCGAUUUCAUUCACGGGAAUGACGUUGGUGGAGGCGCUGCGGCACUACUUGACCCACGGCGGAUUCAAACUGCCGGGGGAAGCGCAAAAGAUCGCGCGGAUGGUGGAGGCGUUUGCGCAGUGCUACUUUGAGGACUUGGCGGGCGCGACGUCGUUUUCGAGCUCGGACACGAUCAUGAUCUUGGCGUAUUCGAUCAUCAUGCUUAACACGGACCUGCACAACCCCCAAGUGAAGAAGAACAAGAUGUCCAAGGACCAGUUUGUCAAGAACAACCGCGGGAUUGACAACGGCAACGACGUGCCCAAGGCGAUCCUCGAGGACAUUUAUGACGACAUUUUGGUCAACCCGAUCCAGUUGAAGGGGCUCGCGUACACGUUGCCAAGCAACAAGCAAGAACAUGGGAGCCACGCAGACACUGCCGACUGCGAAAAGUUCCGCAUGGGGCUGUCCAAGUCUGUGACACAGUCGGAGGACUUGAUGAAGGACCUCGCGCGAUCCAAGUUUACGUUCAACUUCUUCGGUGUCGACGCAAGCAUCAGCCCCGACCUGGUCAAGAUCCUCUUUGAGCGCGUGUGGUUUCACUUCCUCGCGCUCUCCACGACCAUCCUGAGCAACAACCAGAGCGACUUGAGCUUGGUGCUGCAGUGUCUCGACAUGCUGCGAUACUGUAUUUCGAUCUGCGUAUUUUUGGAAAUGCACGUGGAGCGCCAAGCGUUCUCGAACCAGCUCACCAAGCUCCAAACGUCCGACUCGUUCGGGAAGGAGCCGGCUACGGAACCAGCGGCGACGGACGACAAGCAGACUGGUUGUCAUCAGCUAGAGUGGCUGACAGGGUACAAGACGUCGGACGCAGACCCGUGGGGCGUCAUUGGAGAUAUCCACGUGUACGUCAACAAGCUAAAGGAUUCGAUCCAGAAGCGCCAGACAGUUGAAACCCUCAAGAGCGUCACCAAGCGAAUCAACCGAUCGCAUGUGUACCUGCAUGACUCGACGCAGUUUAUCAAAGAAGGCGACUUGACCAAGAAGUGCCGCACGGGCCGCCACCGCCUCUAUCGGUUCUUCCUCUUUAACGACCAGCUGCUGUACGCCGACAAGGGCAGCAUCUCGGGCAACUUUAACGCCCACCAGUCGCUGCGCCUGCGCCUCACGCGGCUCGCGGACAUCCCCGACAGCCUGCUCGUACGUCAUGCGUUCCAGAUCCUGAACCCCGUCAAGACAUUCACGGUCAUUGCCGAGUCCGCGUCCAUGAAGGCCGAGUGGAUGCGUGAGAUUGAAGAAGCCAUCAUGGAAGCCAACAAGAAGACCAACAUCAACCUGCGCCGAUUGUCCACGGUCCGCGGCCAGAAGCGCGAGAACAACGCGGCCAUCAUUGCCGAAGCCAAAGCCACCGCGAAGGAAAAAGCGGACGAGACGACGCCAACGAUGUGGUUGUGUCAACUCGAAGUCUAGGAGAACGAGUAGGAACGUGAAAGGAGUAAGCACAACAAACAUGUAUACGUGGAUAAUAUAUCGAAUGUUGCAUCAUAGCAUGCAUUCACGGCCGA